AUGCCUGAAAAAGUACUCGAACUAUUUGAUGAAAUGUCAAUAGCACCCGAUGAAGUAAUUAUCACAAUAUUAUUCAAUGCCUGCGCCAAACUUGCAAAUACGCAUGCAAUGAAACUUGGAAAAGACGUGCUGAAUCGAUUACCAGUUGCUUUUUUUCAACGUUGUCAAUUAGUGAAUUCAGCCAUAGACAUGUUGAUGAAGUUUGGUGAUGUAGCACAUGCGGAACAUCUCUUCCAAUUAACCAAGAAGAAAACCAUUGUAACCUAUGGAGCAAUGAUGCAAGGUUAUGUCAUGAAUGAUAUGUCCGAGAAAGCAUUAAAUUUAUUCGAAGAAGUUUCUUCCAAAUCGGACAAAGUCCUGUAUGUAAUUGUGUUUGGUGCAUGUGCUUCAUUAUCUAAUGAAAGAGCCAUUCAAUUGGGAAAGAAACUUCUUCAUCAAAUACCAACGAUGUUUCUCGACGAUAUUGUCGUAGUCAACUCAGCAAUACAUAUGUUGAUGAAGUUUGGCGAAGUAGAAGAUGCUGAGUGUCUCUUCUCAGUCAAUGCAUAUGGGCGGAAUGGAAUGGGUUCUGAAGCGAUUGAUUUAUAUCGCCAAAUGCCACAGAACAUUCGUAAUACAGUGUCACAUAUUUGUGUUUUGAAUGCAUGUUCUCAUUCGGGUCUUCUUGAUCAAGCUCGAACCAUCUUCAAAGAAAUCGGCACAAAAACAGAAUACAUCAUCGCUACAAUGAUCGAUUGUCUCAGUCGUAUGCACAUGUUUGAUGAAGCGCAGAAACUGAUCGACGACUAUGAAAAGUCAAAUUCAUCCUCUUGGAUCAUGUACACUCAUGAUCGUUCUCAUCCUCGAUCGGCUGAAAUCUAUGCUGAACUCCAUCAUUUAUCAAGUGAACUGAAAACACAUGGUCAUGAGUAUGACUCAAGCUGGAUUACUCGUCCACUUCAAGAUGGCGAAAGUGUUGAAUCGGCGUUGUGUGGUCACAAUCAUGCGACAAAGAUGAUUGCUAAGAUUCGGCAAUGUGAAAUUAUAGUACGUGAUGUGAAUCGUAUUCAUCAUUUUCACACGAAUGGACAAUGCUCUUGCAAGGACCAUUACUAG